AUGUUCGGUGCCGCUUCUUUGGUUCUACUUGCUGCGGGAGUCGCAGCCAUCAAUGGUCUAGAUUUGGAGAAUGCCGGAGACUUCGUGCUCCCAUCCGGUGACUUCAUCGAUUUGAUCUCCCGUGACGCGGAAAACCUCCCGGACCUCUCGACUUACGGCGUCAAGCACAUCUCUGGUGGAGCCGGAGAGGGAGAGCAGAAGCUUCUGGAAGAGGAUAACUAUCAGGAGCGUCAAGAGGUCAAGUCGGACAACGUCUUGCCCGCCUACUGUGAGCCACCAAACCCAUGUCCAGUGGGCUUCACCAAAGAGCAUGGAUGCAUUGAGGAGUUCGAGAACAGUGCCGAGUUCUCGCGCAACUACCAAGCCCAGCAACACUGUAUCUGCGAUCAGGAGCAUAUGUUCAACUGCGCCGAGAAGGAAGCCCAAGACGUCUCCGAGUCCCUUCAGAAGAUCCUCGAGGAGAACAACAUGCACGCCAACACCAUCGCCAAGAAGUUCCACGACAAGCGAAGCUCCGACGAAUACGUGCCACGCCGCAAGCGAUCCGUCCCAAUGCACCACCAGAAGGUCAACCCGUACCUUCAAGGAGAGCCACUGAGAUCCAUGCAGAAGAAGGAUGGAAAGCAUUCGUGGUAG